GUACGCGCUGGAUAAUGACAAGAUUCUGCUGCGGGGCUGCGUACUGCGCAACACCCAGUGGUGCUACGGCGUGGUGGUGUUCGCCGGCCGGGAGACGAAGCUCAUGCAGAACUCGGGCAAGACCAAGUUCAAACGCACCAGCAUCGACCGCCUGCUGAACUAUAUCAUCCUGGGGAUCGUGUUUUUCCUACUACUGAUGUGCCUGUUUUGUACUAUUGCCUGCGGAAUUUGGGAAACUGUUACAGGUCAGCAUUUUCGUGUGUAUUUGCCGUGGGAUGCGCUGGUGCCGGACGACCCGGCAGGUGGCGCCACCGUCAUUGCGCUGCUCGUCUUCUUCUCCUACGCUAUCGCCCUCAACACCGUCGUGCCUAUAUCUCUGUAUGUCAGUGUGGAGGUGAUCCGCCUGAUGCAGAGCUUCCUCAUCAACUGGGACCUGCAGAUGUACUACGAGAAGACGGAUACGCCCGCCAAGGCGCGCACCACCACGCUGAACGAAGAGCUGGGUCAGGUCCAGUACAUUUUCUCCGACAAGACUGGCACGCUCACCCAGAACAUCAUGCUAUUCAACAAAUGUUCGAUAGCGGGCAAAUGCUAUGGCGACUACAUCGACCCGAUUAUCGGUGAAGUCACGGAACCCAACGAGUACACGAAGCCGGUGGACUUCUCGGCCAACGCCAUGGCCGAGGAGUCGUUCCGGUUCUACGACCAGACUCUGCUGGACGCCGUGCGCAGUGGGGACGAGGACGCGCACAUGUUCUUCCGACUGCUGGCGCUCUGCCACACCGUCAUGCCCGAGGAGAAGAACGGCAAGCUAAAGUACCAGGCGCAGUCACCGGACGAGGACGCCCUGGUGUCAGCGGCGCGCAACUUCGGCUUCAUCUUCCUCGCCCGCACGCCCAACUCCAUCACGAUCCGCGGCCCGGGCGGCGACGAGGAGCAUGAGGUGCUCUGCAUCCUGGACUUCAACAACGUCCGCAAGCGCAUGUCGGUCAUCCUGAGGCGCGCCGGCAGGAUCCGGCUGUACUGCAAGGGCGCCGACAACGUGCUGUUCGAGCGCAUGGGCCCGACUGAGCCCGAGCUCAAGAGCCGCACUGAGGAGCACCUGCAGAAAUUCGCCGGCGAGGGUCUCCGCACGCUGGUGCUGGCGUACAAGGAGCUGGACGAGGCCUACUACGAGGAUUGGAAGCUGCGCCACCACGAGGCAUCCACCUCGAUGGUGCAGCGCGAGGAGCAGCUGGACACCCUGUACGAGGAGAUUGAGCGAGACCUGAUGCUGAUAGGCGCCACUGCCAUCGAGGACAAGUUGCAGGACGGGGUGCCUCACACCAUCGCCAACUUGAUGCUGGCCGGCCUCCGCCUCUGGGUGCUCACCGGCGACAAACAGGAGACGGCCAUCAACAUCGGCUAUUCGUGCCAGCUGCUGACGGACGACCUGCAGGACGUGUUCGUGGUGGAAGGCCAUAGCAUGCAGGAGGUGGAGACGGAGCUGAACAGCUGUCUGGACGAGCUGAACCGGCCGGCCGCCGACGCCAAGCCGGCCCACAAGCAGUCGCUCUCGGUGGUCACGUUCAGAGGCGGCACGGUCCACACUGACGAGGGGUACGGCCACGACACGCCCGUCGAGGAGUCGGAGCGGCGCGGCGGCUACGCGCUCGUCAUCAACGGCCACUCGCUGAUCUGGGCGCUGACCAGCAAGCUGGAGCGCCAGUUCCUAGAGGUGGCCUGCCAGUGCAAGGCGGUCAUCUGCUGUCGCGUCACACCGCUGCAAAAGGCGCUCGUGGUCGAGCUGGUGAAGAAGUACAAGAAGGCCGUGACGCUGAGCAUCGGUGACGGCGCCAAUGACGUGUCCAUGAUCAAAACGGCGCACAUCGGCGUGGGCAUCUCGGGCCAGGAGGGCCUGCAGGCCGUCCUCUCCUCCGACUACAGCAUCGCCCAGUUCCGCUACCUGGAGCGGCUGCUGCUCGUGCACGGCCGCUGGUCCUACUACCGCAUGUGCAAGUUCUUGCGCUACUUCUUCUACAAGAACUUCGCCUUCACGCUCUGCCACUUCUGGUACUCGUUUUUCUGCGGCUUCAGCGCGCAGACCAUCUUCGACCCUAUGUUUAUUGCCGUCUACAAUCUUUUCUACACGUCUAUGCCGGUCCUCGCACUUGCCGUGUUUGACCAAGAUGUCAAGGAUCGACACAGCCUGACUUAUCCCAAGCUGUACACGCCCGGCCUGCUCAACGCGUUUUUCAACAAGGCCGAGUUCUUCAAGGCGGCCCUGUAUGGGUUCUUCACAUCCCUGGUGCUGUUCGUCGUGCCGUACGGCACUUACCGCGACGCCCUCUCGCCCAACGGCUACGUCAUCUCCGACCACCAGUUGUUCGGAGCAGUGGUGGCCACCAUUCUCGUGGUGGUGGUCACGACGCAGAUCUGCUUGGACACGGCUUACUGGACGGCGUGGAACCACGUGUGCGUCUGGGGCUCGCUGCUGGCCUACGUCGUGCUGCACUUCGUCUACAACUACGGUAUGGGCGGGCCGUAUGUCGGCUCGCUGUGCAUGGCGAUGAAGGAGGCCAACUUCUGGUUCACCGCCGUGCUGACUGUCAUCGUGCUGACCGUGCCCGUGCUGGCAUGGCGCUUCUACUUUGUCGACCUCCACCCGACGUUGUCCGACCUGGUGCGCCGCAAACAGCGCGAAGACAAGGCGCAGAAGCGGCGGCUGGACGACAUCCAGCGCACGCCGUCGGCGCGCCGCCGCGGCCGCUCGGUCCGCUCCGGCUACGCCUUCGCCCACCAGGAGGGCUUCGGCCGGCUCAUCACGUCCGGCAAGAUGAUGCGCCGGCCGGCGCCGCUCGCCUCGCUCUCGAUGUUCUCGCUUGGCCGCUCGGAGGCCGCCUCGCCGCGCGCAGAGACUCAGGUGACGUUCUACACCGAGCGGUCCAGCAGCGGCGCGGCGGACGGGUGAGCGCGGCACGCCCGCCAGCGCAGCACCGCCGCCGCCGGCCUCCGGCUCGCCACCGCCGUCGGCCGUGCCCAGCAAGCCACCAUCCGGCCCAGACCCGUUUGGAAAACGGUAUUUUUGUAGUUAUUUUUGUGAACGGCGGGUGUCAACGUCUGGCUAGAACACCGACUCCCGUCUAUCGGGCCGUUUCACAAGCCGUGUAUACCGUUGCCGCCGCUGCCGUUGGCGCCGGACGCCUCCGGGCAUAUUGCGAGCGUGGAGAUCCGCCUGUGUCGGCUGCGCUCGUCUCAAUCCCACGUGACGUCAGCAAUAAGCGAGGUACUGGUGGUCCAACACGCACACACACACGACGCACCGAAGGAGCACAACUGAAACAAUAUGACCCCCGCUGUUUGCUAUUGGCCGUCGGUGAAGUGAGCCUUGGUUGUUGACUGACGAGCGUGCCGUGCACGAGGUUUGCGGAAUUCGUGGAUCCUGAUCCUCUGCUACGAGUGGUUUGUGAUUGCUGUUGAUUCCGCGGUUACCUCAGAGAAGGAAUGCAGUCUUGGCAGUCUGGGGACAUGAUAUACAGUCGCUCCGCUAAAUAUCUACUCGUGCUCCUGCGUUGUGCUGAAUAGCCUAUCGAACAAUUCGGGGUUCAGGGUUGUGUUCGCGAAAUGUGAAUCCGCAUGAUUUCGUCAUUGUUGUUAUUUCUGCUGCCUGAGGUAAGCCCACCGAUUAGUCUUCGGUGCGCGCCUCUGUCUCCAUCGAAACCUUGUGUGGGUGUUUUUGUGGCUUCGUCUUCUUUUCGUUUUGGAACUUGCGUAUCUUUCCAUUCGCACCCAUCAUUUUGAAGCGUUUAAAAUCACCAAUGACGUCCUGUGCUGUUGUUUUAAUACGGCGUGCUGGUGUAGGGACGCUGUUUGUUUUCGUGCCUUAGGUGUAACGCAGUUGACGAUGCCGAUGAUUUCCCUGGGGAUAGGGGCCGAGCCAAAGGGGCCGGCUAGGGCCAAGGAGGCUGGCCUGGGGUGAAUCGGUGAUCUAUUGAAUGGUGAUAAGCUGUAAUGCAUCGUCAUAGUUCUUAUGUUUUUAGCCAUGCAAUCCU